CGCUUCUUUCACAGAUGGCGCGGCUGCGAACUUCCCAAGGACGGGCUCGAUUUUAAAACGAGACGUUAUACUUUUUAUCGUCGGACAGGGCUCAUUUUUCGUGCGGGUUCAACAGCCUGGAAGGUCAUUCAAGGUUACGAGCAGGUUGGUUCGGCUCGUGCCGCGACCUUGACCGACCUUACAGGUCACAUCACUGAAACAGUCCUUGGAGACAACUUCUCUACAAUGGGCAGAACCAUUGCUACGGAUGCAACGGUCAACGAUGAGGAAUAGUUCCGUAAUUAAUCAUCAAGGUUACAAAUACAGCAUGUUUUCUGAGAAGAAAUUGGUCUGGCAAUUUUUAAUCCGGUAAUGACGUUACCGCUAAGGAGUCGCCUUGAACGUGUAAUAGCCAACGAUUAAAUGAACAAUUGCAGACGCGAGGAAAGGAAUUACACGUUUCGCUUCAAGGGAACUGUUUCUAACCGAGGAAGAUUAGAAGCAUGAACCACAGGAAAAACCGCAAUAGCCGGCUAGGCAAAUUUAUAGCCGUUUCAAGCACGAUUAUUACGCUUCAAAUUGUUCAUCGCUUAAGAUACACCGUCUAGACGUAGGCGGUUAGGAGGUGUUUCAAUAUGUGUCCAAAAAUACCUUGACCAUUUCUAAACACAUUGUCAAACUUUUGAGAGCUUGCACGGUUGCAAGUUGUACAAUUCGCGUGAAACCAUUCACGCCUUCGCGUAAUCUCGCGUUACGAAAAGCAGGGUCCAUAGUGCGGAGAUCGCAACCUCGGUGCAGCCCCGACGAACAUCAGUGAUCCAAAUCACGCCAGAGGAAGAGAGCUGGUACCGGGUGUAGUGCAGCAGCUUGCGCACGCUCUGUUCCGCAGCGUGUGCACGCAGCAGAGACCCUUCGGUCCCCGUCGUGGGAAGAACUGGCGGAUUCGUGGAAGGUGUGCGUAGGAUCGGCGCAUUCCUUGUGAGAGAAGACAAAAAGAAAUAGUCAAAAUCGCGAGGACUGGAGACAGUUUACGAAGUAAAAUCCAAAAAAGUGUCUGACUAACUUUUCUAUGGUGAUCUUGUAUAAAAAGGAUCUGAAUAAGGGGAUCCCCGAAAUCAACCCUCCGCAUACACGUUGUUACCAACCCCUGUUACAGUCUCCGCUCAUCUACCGCGCAGGUACAUUGGUACCAUCUACACGGUGAACCCAGUGGAACCAUAAGGACAGGCAACCACUGAUCCCCGGGUACACCGGGCAAACUCAGCACCGACAAAAACUCCCGAAGCUCGCACGAGGAACCAUUCAAUCGGAUUUCGAGCGGUUCCCCAAAAAUCCGUCGUUACGUAACGCAAAAUAUGUCGCGGUUAUGCAUACGCGUGCAAAAACACGUUGAAUAGGGUCGUGUAGGUAUAUCGUCUUUCCGUCAGCUAUAUACGUGCCUCUCCCGUGGCUUGGUCGAGGGUAGCGCGCGUGCGCCACGCCCGUGUUCCCCCUUCGUCCUCCUGUUCCUCGGGGAUCUCCCCACCCCGGCGGUUCGCGUGUUUGCCGGGCGAAUUAUCCGGAACCGUCCGGCGAACUGAUUGAACCGGUAGCAAAGAGAGAGGACCGAACGGGUGCAACGAUGCCGCAGCCACGCUGGUGGAACGCUGUUAUCGCGGGCGGUCGUGUUAGGACGUGGGAACAACUGGCUGCUGCCUCGGCGGGGUCAGGGACGCCAGGAGGCAGAGCAUCCGCACGUUUGACGGCUGCGAAGGCGGUAGUCCAGCGGCCGGCUGUCGAGCGAACACUUCGUCGCGGGAUGGCGAGCGUCACACCCGGCGGCAAGGUCCUCACCGAGGACAAUGUAUUCACCAAUCUGCGGAAAAUGGAGUACGCGGUGCGCGGGCCGCUGCUCCUUAGGGCCAUCGAGAUCGAAAAGGAGUUGCAGAAGGGAGCUAAGAAGCCAUUUAAAGAGGUGAUAAAAGCUAAUGUUGGAGAUGCACAUGCCAUGGGACAACAACCAAUCACCUUCCUGAGACAAGUACUGACUUUGACAGUGUCACCAAAUCUUCUUGACGAUCCAAGUUACCCUGAGGAUGCAAAGGAACGAGCCAGAAACAUUUUAUGUGGAUGUAAAGGAGGCAGUGUUGGAUCGUAUUCAGAAUCAGCUGGAAUUGAAAUCAUCCGCAAACAUAUUGCCCAGUAUAUAGAAGAUCGUGACGGAUUUCCCUGUGACUAUCACAACAUCAUCCUUUCAAAUGGUGCUUCAGAUGGAAUCAAAUCAGUCCUGAAAUUGUUCAACGAACAACUAGAUGGGAAGCCAUCUGGUGUGAUGAUCCCCAUACCACAGUAUCCCCUUUAUUCUGCUACGAUAGCAGAGUUUGGCCUUGCACAGAUAGGUUACUACCUAAACGAAGAGAACAAAUGGGCACUAGAUAUUUCAGAGUUAAAUAGAGCUUUAAAUGAAGCAAGCAGAACAUCCAACCCACGGGUGUUAGUAGUGAUUAAUCCUGGUAACCCAACUGGCCAGGUUCUCACACGUAAUAACAUUGAAGACAUCAUUCGUUUUGCAUACAAGAACCGUUUGUUUUUGUUGGCCGAUGAGGUUUAUCAGGACAACGUAUAUGAUAAGGACAGUGCCUUCCACUCUUUCAAGAAAGUUAUGGCUGAGAUGGGAGAACCGUACAGUAAAAUGGAAUUAGCAUCUUUUAUGUCUGUGUCUAAGGGCUAUAUGGGUGAAUGUGGAAUUCGCGGCGGGUACGGUGAACUAAUUAACAUGGAUCCAAAAGUAAUGGCGAUUCUAUUGAAAUCGAUCUCAGCAAUGCUCUGUCCCACUGUUUUGGGCCAGGUAGUAAUGGAUGUUGUGGUAAAUCCCCCAAAACCAAACGAGCCAUCCUACAAGUUAUUCGUAAAAGAAAAAGAAGAGACUUUACGGUCUCUGGCAGAGAGAUCGAAACUGGUAGUCGAUACAUUAAACAGCAUUCCAGGAUUCAAGGUGAAUCCAGCCAUGGGUGCUAUGUACGUAUUCCCAAGAUUCGACUUACCAAAAAAGGCCAUAAAGGCAGCUGAAGCAGAGGGUCAACAACCCGAUGUUUUCUAUGCGUUCAAGCUGUUAGAAUCUACUGGCAUAUGCGUGAUACCUGGGUCAGGUUUUGGACAACGGCCUGGAACCUAUCAUUUUAGAACAACAAUUUUGCCACAAAAGGAGAAGAUGAAACAAAUGCUUGAGAGUUUAAAACAAUUUCAUAUUAAGUUCCUGGAAGAGUACAAAUAAUCGUACAAUUUGUAAUAUUGUUGCAUUUUUAAUAGUACUUGAAACGCCGGAAUGAUAACGUGCAAAUUAUCUAAAUUUCUAUAAAUUUAACCGAGGAGAAGAAUAUAUUGUAUUUUGUAACGAAAAAUUACAAAAGGGACUUAAAAAAAUUGUUAAGUCGUUUAUCGGUACGAGUUCUGGCGUGGAUAGUAUGUAAUGAACUUUACAAUUUAUCAAAUGCUUGUAUAUGUAUAUAUAUGUAGUACGAAUUUGUUAUUGUGUUGAGAAGUCGAUGAAAUUGUUUCUUUUUCAGAAUUCUGGAGUGCGUGAUGAGUGCGUAUGUGUGUAGUGAUUCAUGGGUAAUGAUGCUGCUGCGCGGUUAUAUGAUAUGUUUUUUUAUAAUACUCACAACGAUUUUAACAGAUCAAGUAUAGUCAGCUUCUAAAUACCUGUUAUUAGGGAUCCACUCCUUGUUUACAUUACUCAAAUACUCAGUUUUAAGAAAGCAAUAACCCUGUCCACCAUUGUUGGUGUAAACCUAUUAAGUAGAUAAACCACAAAUAAUUUCAGUAAUGAAGUUACUUUAUCGCACGAGUGCAACAAAAUUUACCUAACUUGUGUAUCCACGUUUAUCGUAGAUCUUCGAUAUUUGUCAUAAAUUGCAGUUAAGUUAUUUACUGUUACGAAACAAUUGAAUUGUAAGUUUGAAUACCCAUUAUCAAAUGUUCUAUACUUGUCCAAGAAAAUAUUGAUUUUCCUCAAUUUUCACUGCUAAUGUAAUUGAGCAUUACUUUAAAUUAAUAUAUUUUUUUAUUGUUUGGUAUUAGUUACUUAGAUCAAGUAUAUACUAUAUGUGCAAUGGUUUAUAAUAUCGAAGAUUACACGAGAUGAUAUUGGUUAAAUGUCUACCAAUGUUUAAUAUGGUUUGUGCAAUUACACGAGAUUUAAGGGCUUUAAGUGUUCAUUCGAACAUGAUCCUACACGAGAAGACAAUAUUGUAUCCGAUUGUACGUCUUUCGAGAACGCAUACUGCUCGGUAUGCUUCAUUUACACACGCAACCAUUACGUUGAUGCAAAAUCUGUUACCAGGAACACGCUUAGUACAAGAGACCAACGAUCAAAGGGUAUAAAACAAUUUUCCGAAGAAAAAUCGAUGAAAAAAGAAAAAUAAAAGAAUUAUUAUGCUGUAUA